GUUUAUAAAAUAUAUACAUAUACUACCAAAGCAAAAGCCAAAAAUAAGUUAUCAAUCAUUCAAUCACAUAAAAGUCAUCAAAAAUAAACAUGGGAAGAUCUAUGAUCAAUCAUCUUCUCAUCACCAUAUUGAUCAUCUUGAUCUCCAUAGCCACCAUAUGUCAAUCGGAUGAUGAUGUAGAUUGUGUGUACACAGCCUACAUACGAACCGGUUCAAUUUGGAAAGGUGGAACAGACUCAAAAAUCACCCUAACACUAUACGAUGCAGCCGGUUAUGGCAUACGAAUCAAUGACAUAGAGGCAUGGGGUGGUUUAAUGGGCCCCGACUACGAUUAUUUUGAAAGAAAAAAUCUAGACAUAUUUAGUGGCCGAGGCCCGUGUUUGACCGGGCCACCGUGCGAAAUGAACUUAACGUCGGAUGGAACAGGUUCGGGCCACGGAUGGUAUUGUAACUAUGUGGAAGUGACUAGCACAGGAGUCCAUAUACCUUGUGCACAACAAAAUUUUGAAGUUGAGCAAUGGUUAGCCACGGAUACAUCACCAUAUGAACUUACAGCUAUUAGAAACAAUUGUGAUGAGUAUUCUUCAACCAACAGGAGAGGUCGUAGGCACAUGAUACUUGAGACCAAUUCUCCAAGGUUGCCACGUGUGACGGAAUGAUUGGAGUUUGCUACAUAAUUACACUUUGAUGACUAUUUGUUUAUCAUUAUGUGUGAGAGUUUUAUUGGUAAUGUUGUAUGCCAAUAGUUUGGUUACAAAUAAAAUGGGAUCCGAUAAAUUAUUUAGAAUAAAAAUCAAAGAUAGUGUUGAUUUGUUGGAUUGGUGUUUAAUGUACUUCACAUAUGUUAGUUGGAGUGAGAAGAACCACAUAAAAUAAAUAUUUUUAUACUAUGGAAAAAUAUAUGAUCAUGUAUUUGUAAGUAACAUUUGGUUAUGGGUUAUAUUAUUGUUUAUAUGAUUAGUAUUAUUGA